AUGCGUAUCCCGAAUCUAGCCCUAACCGCUCUCCUAGUCCUGCAGGUUCAGACCACGGAGUUACUCGUCAACACGACCAGUGGACCCAUCCAAGGAUUCUACAACACUACGUCACGAACUGUUCGCGCAUUCCUCGGUAUCCCAUACGCAGAGCCCCCCGUUGGCGGGCGACGCUUUGCCCUCCCAGUCGCCAAAUCGCCUGUGCAGAAACCCUUCGUCGCCGACGUACUCCCGCCAAUAUGCCCCGGCGUGUACAGUCCCUCGAAUGAGUCAAUCAUCAGCGUGCUGCCAUAUCUCCAGGGAAGCUCGAGUAGCAUGUCGGAAGACUGUCUGCGCGUAAAUGUCUGGGCCUCUGCGGCAGCGCACCCUAGUCGCAACGGAAAAGCUGCGGUGAUGGUGUUCAUCCACGGGGGUGUGUUCUACCAGGGCAGCCCCUCAUCACCAUUCAUGGACGGGAGUUACAUUGUACGCGACAAUGAGGAUGUUAUUGUCGUCAGUAUCCAGUAUCGUCUGACGAUCUUCGGAUACCCGGGUGCUCCGGGCAUCCCUCCAGCCCAGCAGAAUGUGGGAUUGCGCGACCAGCGCAUGGCCAUUGAAUGGGUACACCAGAACAUUGCGCAAUUUGGCGGCGAUCCGGAUCGCAUCUUGCUCUUUGGCCAGUCAGCUGGGGCUGUCUCGACAGACAUGUAUCUCUACGCACACCACGACGACCCUCUCGUCCACGGCGCUAUCCUCCAAUCAGGCGUUGCAGGCAUGUGGAACAACGACAUUCUCCAUGCCCAAGCCAAUUGGACCGAGGUAUCCACGGCGCUGGGGUGCGGAUCCGGACAGGAUACGCUGAAAUGCAUGCGCGAGCAGCCAAUUGACCAGAUUAUCGAUGCGGUGAGGGCAUCUGGCAAUACAUUCUACCCUGUCCAAGACAAUAUCACCGUCUUUCCAGACUACUCUGUACUAUCGCGGCAGGGGAAGAUCACUCCCGUGCCGACAUUAAUCGGCAUCGUCGACCGUGAACUCGCCAUUGUUUACAAUCUCAGCUCCAAGGCGAUCAAUGAGUCCGCCAUGUACGCGCGCUCGCAAACCGAAUUCAACUGUCCCACGCACGAGACGGCCCAACUACGCUUGCAGAGCAACAUCCCCACCUACCGCUAUGUCUACCACGGAAACUACACCAACAUCAGCCCCGUCCCAUGGCUAGGCGCCUACCAUGGCAGCGAUCUACCCGCUGUAUUUGGAUCGUACAAUAUGAGCGGGACCGGAAUUGCGUCCACCCCGCGCGAGAUCGCCGAUAGUCGAUACAUUCAAGAUGCUUGGGUGGCGUUUGCGAAAGAUCCCCACAACGGCCUGGCUCGUUUGGGGUGGCCUCAAUAUGAUCCUACUAGUAAGUCUGAAGGACCGAAAAAACGAUAA